AUGGCACAACUCGACAAUGUUCUCAUACAGGACCCAUCGCUGGAAAAUGCUUCUUUCGACCAAUUGCGUUCGCGCUUCGCGGCCUGGCUGGCGACUCAGGACACUGAUGACCCAGACGGAAGCAAAAACCUCCCACUACAACGCUUCAAGAACUUCGUUGUCAUCGACAACAGCGUGUUGCAGAGCACCAAAGACGCGCCAAGUCCUGACAGUAGGCAGGCUAAAGCAAGUGAAAGAAUGGCGCCAUACGUCAAAGUUGUCGCGGCUCAGCAUCUGGACGGGACAAGGCUCCCACCGGCAACGUCUGCAAGGUCUGGUCAGAAUGCAGAUGAGGGCAAACUCUUCCCUGGGCUCAUGAGAGUUUCGAUCAUCGAGUUGCGCUUGUUCUGGGAGGAGAGCUUCACAUACGAUCUCUUAGAUCUCUGCCCAAACAAUUUCACAAACGAGCCUGAUUGGUCCAAGCGAUACAAUAUGUUCUAG